AUGUGCGAUUUUGAGGAGUUUUAUGGGGAACGGAUCGGGGUCAUUACCUGCGGGUGCCGGGGGGGGGGGGGGGGGGGGGGGGGGGGGGGGGGGGGGGGGGAACCUUGUGCCGUUGAGCAAGGCACGACGUUAAAGUUUGCAUUUUCUGCUUUACCACUUCACAACCUGUACCUGUGCUUUCACGAUCUGCACCUGUACCUUUACGACCUGUACCUGUGCUUUCACAACCCGUACCUUGGCCUCCAUGACCUGUACCUGUGCUUUCACGACCUGUACCUGUGCCUUCACAACCUGUACCUGUGCUUUCACGACCUGUGCCUUCACAACCUGUACCUGUGCUUUCACGACCUGUGCCUUCACAACCUGUACCUGUGCUUCCACGACGAGUACCUGUGCCUUCACGACCUGUACCUGUACUUGUGCUUUCACGAUCUGCACCUGUGCCUUCCAGACCUGUACCUGUACCUGUGCUUUCACGACCUGUACCUGUGCUUUCACGACCUGUACCUGUGCCUUCCUGACCUGUACCUGUGCUUUCACGACCUGUACCUGUGCCUUCCUGACUUGUGCUUUCACGACCUGUACCUGUGCCUUCACAACCUGUACCUGUGA